AACAAAGUCUGCGUUCAAUUUGGUUCAACGGUCAGUACGAAUCCUACAUGCACUGCGUAAAGCUUGGUUUUUCUUCUCGCUAAAAUUAUUGGCAUCACUUUAUCCCACUGACCGGAACCUUUUCCUGCUUCUUGAUUUCUUCAGACCCAAACCUGAAAAAAACGUCACAAUGGAGCCAGAAACAACAACUUUCACUUCCUGGUUUGACCAUCUCUCCCUGGAAGAAUUUCUGGGUGCCGGAUCCUACGGACAUGUAUUCAAGGCUAUCAGUGGAGCGGAAUCAGAAAGAUUGUCAGCCGUCAAAGUAAUAUUCAUUGACACGUUUGGAAAAUUAACAGAAGAGCUGGAGAAAGAAAAGGAAAGAGCUUCUCGAGAAUAUAACCUGAUGACAGGUAAAAAACAUGAAAAUGUACUAGAAAUUCUGAAAUCGACGUACACUAAUUUCACCGUCUCGGACUUGAACAUCAUUAAAAACCUGGAUUGCCUCAAGGAAAAUAAGAAUGCUGCAAAUAUGAUUAACUUUCGAAUUAUAGAAGCAUCAGAAAAUCCCAUUCCAACAUUUUGUAUACAAAUGGAACUGUGUGGAAAAAAUUUGAGACAAUGGCUUAACGCGCAAUCUAUUAACAAUCCUGAGUUAGAUCAGAUUAAAAAAACCAUCAUACGAAAUAUGUUCGAAGGGUUAAAAUACCUUCACAGCAAUAACAUAAUGCAUCGCGAUUUUCGUCCAGAAAAUGUCAUGUUCAGCUAUUCAUCAACAACAGAUUUUCUUCUGCCUGUUAAAGUCGGUGAUUUUGGUUUAUGUCGGAACGUGCAUAGGGAGCAAACCGUCACGGGAACCCUGACCCCUGGGCUAGGACAUGACCUGUAUCGUGCCCCAGAAACAAGGGGAAGUAAUUACGGUGUUCAGGCGGAUAUUUUCUCUUUUGGACUGGUCUUGUGGGAAGUAACUCACCUAUUGAGACAAAGAGAAAUUGGCAAAAUAUUUUACCAACUAGUUGACGAAUCAAAAACCAAUCUCGUUAAGCCUAGUACGCUAUUUCGCAAUGUUAAUGAAUCAAUCAUAUCACUAACGAGGAGGCGUGUUCAAGAUCGAAUCAAAAGCUUACAUGAAGUAGAAAAUCUCGAUGAAAACCAUAAUCAGUUCACCGUCAAGAAAAGGAAAGCGUUGGUGGAAAUUUUGAAAACCUGCAAGCCUGGAGAUACAAUCGUACUAAAGGAUUUCGUUGGUACUAGAUAUGCAUAUGCUGAAUAUGAGUUAUGUGCAGAUAAUGUAACAUUAUAUCAAGAAGGAAGAGUAAAUGGUCACCAUAAUUGGGGGUUAGUGGUCAAAGGGAAUAGUUGCGCAAUCAAGAAUAUUACUUUCAAUAAAAUCAAAAUUGAAGGAAGUAACAAUUUGUUGCAAGAUAUCAAUUGCAGCGAGUUUAAUUUAAUAGGGUGCAACAAUAAAGUUUCAAAUAGCAAAGUUAGAGACUACUUCGGUGUCCGGAGUGUAGUGUCCGGAGAUAGCAAUUCACUGGAAAAUUUGCAAAUUAUAUAUGAAUCCGGCGGGAUUCUGGUAUCCGGAUCAGGCAACACAUUUCUGUCGCUUAAAUUUAAACAUCUGAACAAUAUAGGAUUAAUAAUUUCCGGCUCAAGAAAUGUGGUACGCGAUUUCAAAAUAGAGUCACGUGAUAACCCCCGGCGUGAUCCUAAUAAUUCAUAUUAUUUGAAAAAUUUAACAAAAUUACAUGCAAUUACAGAAAAUUACUCGGACGAAAUUAAACGUGUAUACGAUACGUACGGUGCAAUUGGUAUAAUAACGACUCCAACCUCUUCAGAAACUGUAAUUAGUAAUACCAUCUGCGAGAACGUACUUAUUUCUGGAAUGCAACAUCAGCUUGAAAGCGUAAUAAUCAACAAAACAUUACACUUAGAAGGCGAAAAUCAUUCGAUCAACUCAUGUAAAGCCCACCAACUAUUUGACAAGAGUCACUCGACCGCACUUAUUGACAGCAAUUUUGAGAUAGCAGAGCUUAAUUAAGAUAUUCGUUAUCCUUUACGCAACAUCUUGUAUUUACAUACUCUACUUGGAAUAAUUUGUUAAUCGUAAUUCAAUACACGUAUGUAUUACAUACAUACACAGGCUAAGAAUUUAGUUAUUCGUUGCUUAUGUUGUCAGCUUUGAGAAAUUAAUUUAAACUCGGUAAAAUAAAUCGCUUUACGAAUGUUGAAUAUAACGUUAGUGUAAUUUAUGCUUACAAUUUAUUCAUCCUAAUCCUAACUAAAUUAGCGUAUUACUUUGCACAUGGAAUAAAUUACAUGUACCAAUUUUUGUCUGAAACAUUUA